AUGGCGGCCAAGCUUCCCAGCCUACCGAUAGAGCUCCUUCUCAAUAUCGUAUGCUAUGCGGAGACUCGCUCCAGCAGUCGCAAGCUAUGCGAAGCGCUUCGUCUUACAUGCAAGGAGCUCGAUCGCAAGAUCGUGCGGUAUUUUGGUAACACCCACUACAAGCGAAUCAAACUAUCGUUCAGCGAGACAGGACUCAACCGGUUGCUGCGCAUGUCGAGGGGACCACUAGCGCACCAUGUCGAGUCUUUGACUAUCCAAUGUGGUACCGUCCAUCCAUUCCGGGACGUAUGCAUACAGAAGGACCCAAAUUCACUAUUGGACGAGAACAUCAGCAACUGGCUAAAGGAUGGCGAUUGUGCAGAUAUUCUCAGGUCUGCUUUGUCCAAUCUACCAAAUCUUAGUGGGUUUCACAUCAGGGAGACUGGCUACAAUUUCAGGGUCCGUGAACGGAAGCAACUCGAGCUAUUGUGGACUUACUGGGCUAAAACAUUGAGAAUGCUGCUGGCAACAGCAAUUCCUACUAUCCGGUCUCUCGAGGAGUUAUCCAUAUGCGCCAACAGCACUAUCAUGGCAGCUGAUCCCUCUCACCUGGGAGACAUCAUCACAUUCACGGAUCAACUUGGAAAGCUUCGAAUGCUUCAAAUAGACAUGGUACUCGGCAAUGGCAAAGGUAUGUCCAAGAUUGGAGCUCAUAUAGCCGCUCAACACUGA